GGAAGAACUCGUGCCUCUCAAAUGGUCGCACAAUCCCCUUUCCGGCUUGUGGCGCUGCUGGGCGGGAUUCUGCGUUUACCGAGGCAAAGUACCUGCGGACCUGGGUCAGCUGCGAUGGCCAGUUUGAAGACCACCGCCUGGCGUUGCAUUUGAAUCAGUGACUGGCGGGGUAGUGUGGUGCUAAUAUUAAAACCUUACCAGUGUGCUUGUUCCCGAGUCACCUGCAUCGGACCCUUUAUUCAUAUGGGAAUAGACUUGCUGCUCCUAUCUGGUAGCUUGGUUUCGAAAGUUCUCUUCCACCAAUGAUCCUUAGAUAAACUGCAGUGAAAUGACUCUUCAGGACUUGGUGCUCCGUGCUGCUUCCCUUUAUUCAGAUAAAAUAGCUGUAUGUUUUGAUGACUGUAACAGUCAGCCUCCAAUUUAUUAUACCUACAAGACUGUAAUUAACACUGCCUCAGAGUUAUCAGAUUUCCUGCAAUCACACUGCAACUUUCAAGGAAUUCGGGAAAUUGGCCUCUACUGCUAUCCUGGGAUAAAUUUACCUUCUUGGAUUUUAGGAAUUCUCCAAGUUCCUGCUGCUUAUGCUCCUGUUGAUCCAGAUUCACCACCAGCAUUAUCAGCACAUUUCAUGCAAAAAUGUGAUCUUAAUUAUAUUCUUGUUGAAAAACAGCAGCUUAAUAAAUUCAGAUCUUCCUAUGAAGCUUUGCUCAUCUGUGAUGCAUUUACAGUAGAACAUAAUGACCUGGUUCUAUUCAAACUUUACUGGAAAACAGUUGAGGUGAAUUCGAUGCUAAGUGAUCACAAAGGAAAACAUGAAACAGUGACAAACAGCACAAGUCUUGAUAGCAGCAAGGAAAAGUCAGAACACAUGGAUAUGAGGCAAAAGGAUUGCUUGGCCUAUGUUCUUCAUACAUCAGGCACUACGGGGACACCUAAGAUUGUCAGAGUCCCUCACUCGUGCAUAGUGCCAAACAUCCAGCAUUUUCGGGUACUUUUUGAGAUCACACAACAAGAUGUUUUGUUUCUGGCUUCCCCUCUGACUUUUGACCCUUCUGUUGUGGAAAUAUUUGCUGCUCUGUCAAGUGGUGCCUCUUUGCUCAUUGUACCAACUUUUGUCAAAGUGCUCCCGUCACAACUAGCAGCUGUUCUCUUCUCCCGUCACAGAGUCACUGUUUUGCAGGCCACACCGACACUGCUUAGAAGAUUUGGAGCUCAUCUUAUCAAAUCUACUGUUUUAUCAGUCAACACUUCUCUUCGAGUAUUAGCCCUUGGUGGUGAAGCAUUUCCAUCAUUGACUGUUCUCAGAAGUUGGAGAGGAGAAGGCAAUAAAACACACAUAUUUAAUAUUUAUGGUAUUACAGAAGUAUCAAGCUGGGCAACUUUUUACAGGAUUCCAGAGACUAUUCUUGAUUCCACUUUAAAAUGUGAAAUGCCUGUACAACUGGGAUUUCCUCUAUUUGGAACAGUAGUUGAAGUCAGAGAUUCUGAUGGUCUCACAGUUCAAGAAGGAAAUGGCCAAGUAUUUUUAGGUGGCAGAAAUAGAGUAUGUUUUCUCGAUGAGGAAAUCACAGUACCACUUGGCACAAUGAGAGCAACUGGAGACUUUGUGACUGUGAAAAAUGGGGAGCUGUUUUUCCUGGGGCGAAAGGACAGUCAGAUCAAACGUCAUGGCAAACGUCUUAACAUUGAACUAGUACAACAGGUUGCUGAAGGAAUUCCACAAGUGGAAUCUUGUGCAGUUACAUGGUAUAAUCAGGAAAAAUUAAUUCUGUUCAUAGUGUCCAAAAAUGAUUUUGUAAAAGAGAAUAUCUUCAGAGAACUUCAGAAACAUCUUCCAACUCAUGCAAUCCCUGAUGAGCUUAUGUUGAUUGACUCCCUACCGUUUACAUCUCAUGGCAAAAUUGAUGUUUCUGAGUUGAAUAAGAUUUAUUUAAACUACAUACACUUGAAGUCCGAGAGUAAGCUCAAUGGAAAACAAGAACUGUGGGGAAAAUUACAGCAUUUAUGGAAGUCUAUUCUGAAUCUCUCAGAAGAUCCUUUGAAAUUUCCCAGUAAGUCAUUCUUAAAUAGUGGUGGAGAUUCCUUAAAAUCUGUACGGCUCCUCAAUGAGAUUGAAAAACUUGUUGGCUUAGCAGUACCUGGACUUCUAGAAAUUAUUCUCAGCAGUUCCAUUUCAGAGGUAUAUACUUAUCUUGUUGAAGUGGCUUUUCCAGAUGAAGACUUGACACUUGCCAAGAGUUGUGGCAAUAAAAGAAAAUUCAGCGACGUUAACCAAGAGGACAACAGUGGAGAAUCUUUACAUCAGGAGUCUGCUCUGCCUCUAAAUUCUGACAACCAGAUAAAUGCUUUCAUUGCAUUAAGUAGAGGAAGUCAGAUUUUGUCUUUGGACACUAAGUUUUCAGCUAAAUUAGGACACUUCCUUUCAACCUCUUCUUCUGAUUUAAUUUCACAAACUGACAUUCAACUUGUGCAAAGUAUAAAUUCUCCAGCUCUUAUUGGGAAGUCAGAAGAUCCAACCGGCGCUGGGAAAAUUUCUGGAGAGGGAACACCUGCAGUGGUGACUGAGCAAAUAGAAUUACGUGUGAGGUGGAGGACAGACACAGGCAAAUGUGUAGAUGCCUCACCUCUGGUUGUCCUAUCAGCUAUGGAUAAGUCAUCUGCUACUGUGUACAUUGGCUCUCAUUCUCAUAGAAUGAUGGCAGUAGACCUUUACUCUGGGACGGUGAAAUGGGAACAGAUUUUAGAAGAUCGAAUUGAAUCCUCAGCAUGCAUAUCUAAGUGUGGAAACUUUAUUGCAGUGGGCUGUUAUAAUGGACUAGUCUAUGUCCUGGAAAGUAAUAGUGGAGAAAAAUACUGGGUGUUUACUACAGGGGAUGCUGUCAAAAGCUCAGCCACCGUAGACACAAUCACUGGACUUCUGUACAUCGGAUCUCAUGACCAGCACGCGUAUGCUUUGGAUAUUUAUAAAAAGAAGUGUGUUUGGGAGUUAAAAUGUGGAGGAGCCAUCUUUUCUUCUCCUUGUUUGAGCCUCGUUCCACAUCAUGUAUAUUUUGCUACACUGGGAGGACUUUUACUGGCAGUAAAUCCUGCCACUGGGAAUAGAGUUUGGAAACAUGAGUGUGGAAAGCCACUCUUCUCUUCUCCACGAUGUUCCCUAGAGUAUGUUUAUAUUGGCUGUGUAGAUGGGAACUUUCUCUGCUUUACUCACUUUGGAGAACAGGUAUGGCAGUUCUCUACCAGUGAACCAGUCUUUUCAUCCCCAUGUAUCUUAACAUCAGAGCAAGAAAUAGUUUUUGGCUCCCACGACUGCUUUAUCUACUGUUGUAAUAUGAAAGGUCACCUCCAAUGGAAAUUUGAAACUACCUCAAGGGUGUAUGCAACACCAUUUGCUUUCCAUAACCACGACUGUAGCAGUGAAAUGUUGCUGGCAGCAGCCUCCACUGAUGGGAAGCUGUGGAUCUUGGAGUCUAAGAGUGGACAGUUGCAAAGUGUACAUGAACUUCCAGGAGAAGUAUUUUCUUCUCCUGUAGUCUGGGAAUCAAUGCUUAUUAUUGGAUGCAGAAAUAAUUAUAUUUAUUGUCUGGAUUUAUUAGGUAGAAAUCAAAAAUAAGCCAAUGUAGCCCUUACUAAGCUCUAUCUGUGAGAUAUGUGAAAACACUACCAUUACAGAGCAUGUGAAUAGUCCUAUUUUACAUUAAAGAUUGUUUUUGUAAAAAA